AUGGCCACCCCGAACGGCGCGCGGGACCCGGGGCAGCCCGCGGGGAAGGCGCCCGCCCUGCCGCGCCCGCUCCGCAGCCUGGAGGUCAAGUUCACGCAGAUCUUCAUCAACAACGAAUGGCACAAAUCCGAGAGCGGGAAGAAGUUCGCCACAUACAACCCGACCACACUCGAGAAGAUAUGUGAAGUAGAGGAAGGAGAUAAGGCUGACGUGGACAAGGCGGUGGCAGCGGCCCACGAGGCCUUCCAGCGGGGCUCCCCCUGGCGCAGGCUGGACGCCCUGAGUCGAGGCUACCUGCUGCACCAGCUGGCCGACCUGGUAGAGAGGGACCGCGCCCUGCUGGCAACGCUGGAGACCCUGGACACCGGGAAGCCCUUCCUUCAUGCAUACUUCGUAGACCUGGAGGGCUGCAUCCGGACGCUGCGGUACUUCGCGGGCUGGGCGGACAAGAUCCAGGGAAAGACCAUCCCCACUGACGACAAUGUGGUGUGUUUCACCAGGCACGAACCCAUCGGGGUUUGCGGCGCCAUCACACCUUGGAACUUCCCGCUGCUGAUGCUGGUGUGGAAACUGGCACCGGCGUUGUGCUGUGGAAACACCGUGGUGGUGAAGCCAGCAGAACAGACGCCCCUCACCGCGCUGCACCUGGGCUCCCUGAUCAAGGAGGUUGGGUUCCCACCGGGCGUGGUGAACAUCGUUCCUGGCUUUGGGCCCACGGUGGGAGCCGCGAUCUCUUCACACCCGCAGAUCACCAAGAUCGCCUUCACAGGUUCCACAGAGGUUGGGAAACUGGUGAAGGAAGCCGCCUCCCGCAGCAACCUGAAGAGGGUGACCCUGGAGCUGGGCGGCAAGAACCCCUGUAUCGUGUGUGCCGAUGCUGACUUGGACCUGGCCGUGCAGUGCGCCCACCAGGGAGUGUUCUUCAACCAAGGCCAGUGCUGCACGGCUGCCUCCCGUGUCUUCGUGGAGGAGCCGGUGUACCCCGAGUUUGUCCGGCGCAGCGUGGAGUAUGCCCAGAAACGGCCCGUUGGGGACCCGUUUGACGCCAAGACAGAACAGGGGCCACAGAUCGACCAAAAGCAGUUUGACAAGAUCCUUCAGCUUAUCGAGAGCGGGAGGAAGGAGGGUGCGAAGCUGGAAUGUGGGGGCUCAGCCAUCGAAGACAGGGGCCUUUUCAUCAAGCCCACAGUGUUCUCCGAAGUCACCGACUCCAUGCGCAUUGCCAAAGAGGAGAUCUUUGGGCCGGUGCAACCCAUCAUGAAGUUCAAAGACCUCGAGGAAGUGAUCCGAAGAGCCAACAGCCUGGAGUAUGGACUCACGGCCGCCGUCUUCACCAGGAGCCUGGACAAGGCACUGAAGCUUGCUGCCGCACUGGAUUCGGGCACUGUCUGGAUCAACUGCUACAACACCAUCUACGCACAGGCUCCCUUUGGUGGCUUCAAGAUGUCAGGAAAUGGCAGAGAACUGGGUGAAUAUGCUCUGAGUGAAUACACGGAGGUGAAAACCGUCACCAUCAAACUGGAUGACAAGAGCCCCUGACUAGGGGUCCCCGAC